AAAACGGACCUAACAGCAACAACAACAACUGCAACAACUGCAACUAGCAAGACACAAAGCAGCGCGUUGGCGCCGACAGUCAAACACCAAACGCACCACCAGCAUCCGCACCACAAAGCACGUAACAAUAAACAACAACAACAGCAGCAGCACCUGCACCCGCACCCGCACCCGCACCCGCACCUGCACCCACACCCAGCACAUGGUCAGGUGCAUCAUCGGCACCAGCAUCGCCAUUGCCAUCGGCAGCAUCAGCCGAGCUAUUAUCCAACUGGGCAGUACUACGACGAUCUGGAGGAGGUGGCGGUGCGUCAGGGCGCCCGGCGACCGUCGAUGCGGCGCACUCUGCUGCCGCCGGCCGAGAAUGCCUGCAAUUGUGUCAGCUGCUAUGCGCUGGCGCCGCUCUGCGGCCAGGUGCCGGCACCGCGGCCGCAGCGCAGUCUCAGCCAUCAGCAGUUGCGUCGGCAUCAGCGGCUGAGCGGCGGGCUGCUGGACAGGCAUGGCACAGGCCAAGUGGCCAAGUGGUGCAGCGAGAGCGACAUUUCGGUGCUGGAGCAGGUGCAGGAAGACGAGCCAAACACACAGACCACGGACAACGACCACGAUGACUUCGACCUGGACUUUGACGACAUGGACGAGACGACGGCGAGCGGCUACCUGCAGCGCCCGCUGCGACACGUGCAGGAGACGGACAUGUAUGUGGAUCGGGCACAGCUGCGUCAGCUGGCGGCGCCGGCGCUGCUUGCGGCACGCCAAAAAUCCCAGUCCACAGAGAGCUUCUUCGAGCAGCCCAACGAGGAGGGCUCACUGUAUAUGUACGGCGGACGCCGGCGCAUUGUGGCCAAAGCGCCGUCGGUAGUUAACAUUUAUGAGCGUGUGCCCAGCUCCACGCUGGACACGGACAUGGGCUACGGCAGGCGGGCGCAAUAUUACAAUAAGCCCAAGCUGCCAGCGCCAAGCUGGCGGGGCAAACGUCAGCCGACGAUGGCGACACAUUUCCAAAAAGCUGACAAAAAACCACAUGACAACAACAACAACAAGCGACAGCUAACGAACGGCAGCAACAACAAUGAUGACAAAAACAAUUUCAAUAGUAAAAACAAAAGUAUAACAACAGGCACAGCAGCAACAAAGAGCUUAGCCACAGCAACAGCAGCAGCAGCAACAUCAAAGCAGCCACCACCAACAGCAGCAGCAACAACAACAACAACAACAACAGCAACAGCAACAGCAGCAGCAACAACAAACAUAAACAAUGCACAAAGAACGGGGCGCACUGCCAGCCGCCUUGACAUCAGCGACAUGGAAUCCAUUUAUGGCUACCUGAAGCCGCGCAAGCCGCGCAGCCUCAGUCUGAAGAAAAUCCAAAUACUUGACUAUUGAAAAUGGGCAACUAUUUUGCCGAAACGAGGUUAUUUUGCAGCAUUAAUU